UCCGCCAGCCGCUCCUUCACCACCAUGUUCCUGGCGCUCAAUGGCGCCAUCAACGACAUGGCCGCCGAUGCGGAAAAGGUGGUGGCGGCUGCAGUCGGGGGGGCAGAUUGAGGAACUGAAUUCUUCGUGACCAAUUUAAGAAAAAAACUUUUGACACUUGGCUAAACUGUGAAAAUACACUGCCGAGAAGGGGAGGUCUGUUUGUGUAUAUUUCCUGUCUAAGGAAGAGGGGCCAUUAUUAAGUUUCAGUCAUUUUACAAUAAGGACAUAGUACAUCCAGAUUAACUGUAGCUGAUUUCUAAUCCUCUGUCACAUCCAACUUGUAGAUUUCUCACACUGAUAAAGGAAGGUUCAUCAUGAUCUCUUUCUGGGCCAUGGUCCUCUUUCUGAUUGGUGACUCUGCUUGCAGUUCCAGUGAGAUGACGGCCAAAGAGGGCUCCUGUGUGACGGUCCACGUAACUCUGUCCAAUAUAAGGAAAUCUGGGUACAUUGUUUGGUUGAAGGACGCCGUGUGGAAUGACACGGCAAAGGAUUAUGAGGGCACAAUCGUGCACAGCCUCAAACCUGACAAACACAACGCGAGUGAAUUUGAAAACAGAGUGUCUGUGGGUUCCACUGGGGAUUUACACAAAUUGACCAUCAGUAACCUGAGACUGGAAGACAGCGGAAAUUACUCGGUUAGAUACUAUGAUGAAGAUGAUCCUUCUUAUAAACUGAGCAGCUCGACAAUGAGUCUAAAUGUUCAGGAGAACCCUUGCCAGGUCAGCGUAACAGGGCCGGAGUUGGUCCAGGCGGGGGCGGAGGUGAUUUUGCGCUGCUCCACCGUGGGAACCUGCCAGAACAGCCCCGAGUGGCGUAGCUCAGGGCCAGGCCCGGCGUCCAGUGAAGUCUCCGACACCAAGGGUGUGAAAACAGCCCAGCUGCGCUUCAAAGCGGACUGGUCACAUGACGGGGUGACGUUCUCCUGUUGGCCGUCGCCGAGCAACGACGCGUGUGCCUCCAGAAGCAUCACGCUGGCCGUGGAAUUUUUACCUGCUCACCCUGAAACGAUCUGCAAAUCACCACAGACUAAUCUGCGCUCUUAUUUAGACGCUCCAAAAGAGGUCAGGAUAACGGCGAGCGGGACAUUGAAGGGGAUCUAUGAAGGAGCUGCAGUCAACCUGACCUGCGAGGUCCAGAGCAGCAAUCCAAGCGUGCGGUCAUACUCCUGGUACAGAGACCACACCGUCCUGCUCGAAACUGGCCCAGUGCUCCGUUUCCCGGCCGUACGACCCAAGGACAGAGGCUCUUACCACUGCAAAGCCUUAAACUCCGUGGGCUCGGAGGAUUCCCCGGAGGUUACGAUCACCGUUAACUAUGGACCCAGAGGCACAAUGAUUAAGGCCAGCUGUUGUGAGAAAGGGGUGAAGGCCGGCGAAAGCCUGACCCUCACCUGCGAGACCCACGCCCGUCCUAAGCCCGACGGCUACACCUGGUUUCGCACGAUCACAGGGCCUGGUGGACAGAGGGGUCCAGGAAGGACCGAGGUUCCCGUGUCUUCUAACGGACGGUCUGAUGGUCGAGACCUCAGAUUCUGGCAGAUCAGUGCAGGCGACGCCGGGGAAUACACGUGCCAGGCCAAGAACACCAUCAGUGCUCAAAACUCCACCGCUCUCCGUGUAGACGUCCUGUAUCCUCCUAAGAACACCUCAGUGUCAGUCAGUCCCUCUGGAUCAGUGUUAGCGGGCAGCUCUGUGACUCUGACCUGCAGCAGUAAUGCCAACCCAGCAGUGCAGAACUACACCUGGUAUAAAGUGAAUGGGACAGAGAUAAACACUGUAGGAACUGGACAGAAUCUCACCUUCAACGUGACUGAGUCCAGUGGCAGUGAAACGUACUACUGUGAUGCACAGAAUGAACAUGGAAAAGAGAAAUCAAAAACUGUACAGCUGAAUGUGAUAUACAUGCCUCAGAUCUCUGGCUCUGGGAGCUGCAGCAGAACUGCAGCAGAGAUCAGCUGCUCCUGUGAGAGCCGUGGGAAUCCCUCUCCCAGCAUGGAGUGGCAUGUGUCUGGACUGCGGGUCACUAACUCUACUGAGAGAGUCAUCAGGGAGGAGCAGCUGGGGAACACAGGCCUGAGGAGCUCCCUCACCAUGCGCCAAUCACAGGGAGACACAUCCACUUUCCUCUGCAUCAGCACCAACACUCUCAGCUCCUCCAGCCUCCAGCUCGACUUCCCGUCACCACAGCAACACGCAGGAUUCAAUUGCAAUCCACUAUUUCAUAUUAUCAUCGUAGGACUGAUUUGUAUGUAUGCGCUGACUGUUGGAUUCUGUAUCCACAAAAAUAAAAGGUUGUCUAGAAGACUGAAGGGAGGGAGGGACGGGGACACAUAUGCCAGUCUGCAGCUCCCCAACAUCAGCCCUGAAUAUGACGUGCUGCAGGUAAAAAACAAGCAUCAGAAACACACAGGGACUACACAAGAAGAGAACGAUGAUUAUCAGAACCCUGAAGAUGGAAACAGACCAGAUUCAGGGGCUAAUUAAAAAUGUGAGCAUGUUGUGUUUCUUUUAAAGCUGAUUUAUUUUUGCUUUAAAAACAAAACAAAAAAAAACACCGAAUGUUGAGGGUAAUUUCUAUCUAUCUGUCCUAAGAGCAUUUUUAUGACUUGCAGAGAUGUUUAUUUAGUAUUUAUCCUGGAGAAUAGAAUUUUGUUUUUUUCAUUUUUCAUUCUUUUUACAGAAUGACUAUUUUUGUACACUUCACUUGCAUCUCUUGUGCUUUAAUGACUGUAUGCCAUAGGUUGUCGUGUAAAUUUGGCUGCUGUCUGUUUUUGAGAACACCAAAUCAAAAUUGCAUCCUCAUGGACUUUCAAAGAAUGUUACAUUGUGCUCUAGGGAUGUGAUACGUUUUGAAAAAGUCCCUUGUCUCUCUCCUGAAUUUGGAAAGCUGGUUUUCAGCCAUUCUGCAUCUUAUGGUUCAAACAGUCUGCUGAAAAGCUUAAAGGAGAAAGACUAAUAUCAAGUACUGAUUUCAAACAUGGAAUUCAUGACUCAGGGACUGACGUAUGCUCCUGUUUUUAGCCUCUGCUCUGCUCUUUAAUUUCUAUUAUACUAUUGUCUCACUGCACAUUUGUUGUUUGUAACUUCAUUGGCAACUGUCUUAAUGGGUAACUCUGUAUUUUAUGUCAGGUCCCCCUUGUAAAAGAGAUCAAUCAGAAUGGGGUACUGCUGGUUAAAUAAAGAUUAAAUAAA